AUGCCACUCUCAACGCCCCUACCGAUCGAUGUGUCGCUCGAUGUACAGCAUACUACGAAAGCCGUGGUGGCAUGGGCAACGGAGGAUGGUACGAUGCAGUUUUUGACGAAGCCGGAUCCGAAAUCGAGUGCCAUCACGCUCAAGACGUGGUUCAUCGCGGAGGCUGCUUUUUUUGAGCUGGCUGUGCCUAUCAAGCUCAAGGGUGUUGGUGUCGUCGCGGAUGCCAUUGUUCGAGUUUGUGCCUCAUCCAUCGUUUCUCUUCAGACUGUCAAGAGCCCGACCGUCCCCCCAGCAAUAGGAGAGGCGUUUAACUCUUCCGCUCUUAGUCUUGACUUGAUGCUAAGUCGUCCUCCCGCCGUCAUUGUCCACGCAGAUGCUAUCGAGCCGUUAUCUCCAUCGAAAAGAUCCUCCGGAGUAGUCCUCGACGCCAUACGUGAUCUAUCCAAGACCACCGCCUUCUCCAUCCACAUCGAUGCUCGAGGCGCGCCGCCCAAAAUGCAAGAAAUCAGCGCUGCAGCCAGUCAAGGUCUCUUCAGGGCCCGCAGCACCCGGUACCAUAUCGCCAGUAUGUACGGCGGCAUCGGAGGCAAGCUCACCGACUGGUCAGACGCAGCCGAUACAGCCCCACCACCAUCUUACCAAGAAACCACAUCCUCCCCGCCUCCUCCGCCUCCCCCGAUCCAGCCUGCGAGCAAAAAGCGCCCUCGCCAAGAUACCAAUACCGAUACCGAACGCGACGAUAUCAGCCUCCUCUGGGGUGAACUCCGCGCCAUCAAAGAAGCGCAAAGCCGAGUCGAUGUCAAACAAGUACAAAGUCGAGUCGAAGCCUUGGAGACAGAGAACCAGAAGCUCAAGCAGCAAAACAAGGAGCUGGCCCAAAGCCUGGUCAAUCUCCAAGAGCGAUACGAUGCCUUGGAAGAUCGCUUUGCGGCCCUUGAUUCCAAGAAUGACGACUUUGCAGAUGCCUAUGACGGCUCGUUGGCAGAAUUGCGUGAAGACAUGGACAGGAUUGGAGGUGUCGUUGAUUUUGUCCACGAAGGAGAAGUUGAUGAAGAGUCACUCAAGGUCAUUAAAGAAGCUGUUGUCCAUGAGAUUAUGACGCGGCUGGCUAAUGGAUGA